UCUCUCAAAGUUCUCCAACAAUGACCAAAAUCGUGACCCUCAAGAGCUCCGACGGUCAGACCUUUGCCGUGGACGAGGCGGUGGCGCUGAAGUCUUCAACAAUCAAGAACAUUCUUGAAGACACUGGCGCAGUUGAAAACAACGCAGUUUCGGUGCCAUCGGUGGAUGGCAAAACCCUUGCUAAAGUGAUCGAGAACUGCAACAAACACGCGAAGGAGCCCAGCGGAUUGGAUGAGAAGGCGGAGGUGGAUGAGAUGGAGAAGUGGGAUGCCGAGUUUGUGUACUUGUUGGAUCGAGAGUUUUUCUUUGAUGUAGCCUUGGGCGCUUAUUUUCUUAAUAUACGAGGGUUGAUUGAUUUGACAUGCGGGAAGAUAGCUGACAUGACUCGGGGUAAGACUGUCGAACAGAUGCGGGAGAUUUUGAACCUCGAGAAUGAUUUUACCGUAGAGGAGGAGGCUGAGAUAAGGAGAAAAAAAAAAUGCUUGGGCAUUUGAAUGAAUUAGGUGAGUUUUAGGUAUUUUAAGGUUUUGGUAUUACAUUAUUUUCUUUAAAGAUUUUUGUUUGGUUG